GGCAAGGGCUUGCCUGUAUAACUAGGGCCACUCGGAAGUUUCCUGUGUGCAAUCGCUUCUCGCAAGCUCGGCAGGGCCCUGCCCAGAGACACAGGCAGCUGAAGCAGGCAGCCAGCCCGGCAGGCAGGCAGGCAGGCAGGCAGGGGAGAGGAGAGGAGAGGAGAGCAGACCGAGUUGGCUGGAGCCGGGGAAGCACACUUCUUGGGCUGCUGACAGGCAGGCAGACGGACAGACGACAGGACGGACGCACGGGCGGUGGCUGUGAUUGGCGGCUCGGCGGCAGGCUGGUGGAAGAUGUCGUCGGGGGCCGGCGGGCGGGGGCGUCGUCACGCGGGCUCGCGCGGCAGCAGUAACAGCAGCAACAGUGGCGGCGGCGGUGGUGGCAGUGUCAGCAGCAGUGUCAUCAGCAACAGCAGCAGUGGAGGAGGAGGAGGGGGAUGGGGAGGCUGCGGCGGCGGUGGUGGCGGCGUUGACAUGGGCGAAGGCCCCGUGGGCAUCCCCUUCCCCGACCACAGUGCCGACGUGCUGGGCAGCCUGAACAAGCAGCGGCUGAGCGGGCAGCUGUGCGACGUGCUGCUGGUGGUGCAGGAGCGGGAGUUCCACGCGCACCGCUCGGUGCUGGCCUCCUGCAGCACGUACUUCCACAAGCUCUUCACCUCGGGCGCGGCCGCCAACCACCAGAGCGUCUACGUGCUGGACUUCGUGCAGGCCGAGGCGCUGUCGGCGCUGCUGGACUUUGCCUACACGGCCACCCUGCUGCUCAGCCACGGCAGCGUGGCCCACAUCCUGAGCGCCGCGCGGCUGCUGGAGAUCGCGCCCGUCCAGGACGUCUGCACCCACCUGCUGGACACCAAAGUGCUCUCCCCGCCGGCGGGCAGUGAGCAAGAUGAGGAGCCCGACAGAGACGACGAUGAGAAGGCCAAAAGUUGCGGCCGAGGAGGAGGAGGAGGAGGAGGAGGUUCGAGAGAACAGGGGAACCAGCUGCGCGCCCUAGAGUACCUGGAGUUCUUCCAGCGGGGAGCGCACUGGGGCAGCAGCAGCUGCAGCACGCCAGAGCUCAGGGACCCGAUCAUCACACACCACCACCAGCACUUUAGCCAGCAGCGCAACGGGCCGGAGGGACGCAACGGCACGUCCAGGGGCGCCGCCCCGCACGACUACGACUCCCCGCUGGCGCUCGCCCUGGCGCAGCCGGCCAUGCACGAGCCCGACGACGACGACAUGGAGGACGAGAUGGAGGAUGACAUGGAGGAGGUGUCCUGGGCCCAGGGCAACGGCGGUGGGGCCGGAGAGGCCGGGCUGCCUGCCUACUACACCCCGGGGACCCAGAACGGACAUUUCUACCUCCAGACGGAGCGGGUGAAACUGGAGCAGGAAAGGGCGGAAGAGCAGGCUGGGGAGCGGGGACGGGGCCGGGACCAGGAGCUGAGAGAUCGGGAACAAGAUCGGAACAAGAGCCGCGAUCAGAGUCAGGAGCGCGAACGCGGCGAGCCGGAGAGGGGCUCGGCCAGCGCGCUGCUGCAGCGCAUGAUGGACUCCAUCGAGCGGCAGAAAGAGCGGGAGGCGGCUGGGGAGGACCCUCCUGACGGGGAGGACCCGGACGUGGAGUUUUACUUGAAGUACUUUAACAGCGCGCAGCAGCACGAGGAGAGCCCGGCCGCUAACGUCUCGCAUGGCCUGCACUGGUCGAUGCGCGGAGGUGGAGGUGGAGGUGGAGGUGGAGAUGGAGGAGGAGGUGGUGGGGCCAGCCAGGGGGGCGCCGCUGCAGGGCAGACGGGGGAGAGGAAGAUGCGCUCCAAGGCCUUCCAGAAGUGCCCCAUCUGCUCCAAGGUCAUCCAGGGCGCGGGCAAGCUGCCGCGGCACAUCCGCACGCACACGGGAGAAAAACCAUACGAGUGUGCCAUCUGCAAAGUGCGCUUCACCAGGCAGGACAAGCUCAAGGUCCACAUGCGCAAGCACACAGGAGAGAAGCCGUACCUGUGCACCCAGUGCGGCGCGGCCUUCGCCCACAACUACGACCUGAAGAACCACAUGCGCGUGCACACCGGCCUGCGGCCCUACCAGUGCUCCAGUUGCUUCAAGACCUUUGUGCGCUCCGACCACCUCCACCGCCAUCUCAAGAAGGACGGCUGCAACGGCAUACCCUCGCGGCGCGGGCGCAAGCCCCGGGUGCGGGACCCCGAGCUCCUGGAGGCCUCCGUGGGGCUCCCGGGACCGGGCCCCGGGCCGCGGGGCGGGAGGGGGAGACGGCGUCUAGAUGCAGUGGCGGCGGCAGCAGCAGCAGCGGUGGCCCUCUCGGCUACUUCAGCCGCCGGCAACACCGCCACCACCGCCAUGGAAGGAAUCCCAGGAAGCCAUGCACAGCACAGCCCCACUCGAGCCGGCAAGGCCGAGGAGGAGGUGCAGUGAGCAGGAGAGGAUGUAGCAGCAGGGACUUGGAGACGCGGCGACAGGGGAGGAAAAGGAGGAUCAAAGAAGAGGAGGAGGAGGAGGAGGAGUGUCGCCAGGACAAGGCGAGAUGGAAUUAAAAGAAAAAAGAAACUAAAUAAGAGAUGAAACUUAAAAAAACAAAGGCAAACAAACAAAAAAGACAACUAAAUGCUCCUCUCUAAACCAAAAUCAGGGUGUCACAAAAAUCUAUUUGUUUUUUUGUUUGUUUUUUUCUCUCGUUUUACCUUAACCCCUGUGCUUUAGAUUUUACAGAGUAGACUCACAACUUAGUGAUCUGUUUAAAACAUAAAAGAAAAAAAACUAAACAAACAAACUCAAACAAAAGAGCAAAGAGCACUUCACGUCACUUCCACCCCGUCCUCCAUCUUUCUGAGUCCGAUCUCCGUAUCUUCGUUUUCUAAUACUGGAGCGAUGGCUUUACCAUAUGCAUUGUGAAUAACAGAGAAACUAUGCAGUAGAGAUGAACGUUUUCCGGGUUCUGUCUGUCCAUCUGUCUGGCGACAGAGCCUUGUCUUAACGCGGGUGACGUGUCCCUCACCUGUCGACGGUUGCACGGGUUUAACUUGAGUUGGUCCAGGGAGAUGGGGGAGAAAUAAAAAAACAAACCAAUCAGUCCUUUUCUACUAUAAAUGCAGUUAGAAACAUGUACAUAUUCCAUAAACAAACCAAUAUUGUCUCUCUUUGAUUAAUACGGCAAUAUAUGCAAUUCUAAUGCAGCGACUUCUAUAUAAUUCUUAUUUUUUUGUUUUGUUUUCGUUUUUUUGUCUUUUUCCGAAGAGGUUCAGAAAGAACUGAUUGGGCAGGGGUUUGAGUGAAGUGUUGCUUUCUCUAUAAACUAGGUUUUAAAAAUCCUUUUUUUGUUUUGUUUUCGUCUGUCUGAAAGGUAGACUCGGAGUCGUAUCCGCCAUUGUGGGGGCUCUGUGCAGUGCAGGGUCAGGGUUGGGGAGAAGGGUGCAGGGGGAGCAGUGAGGUGUCCGUGAGGUUCUGAAGCACUACCAUCACCAUCAUCAGUGGUUGCCAAGUGUGGCAAAAAAACAACACAUUGAAUCUUAACCUCUUGCAGCCCUCCUGCUUCUUCUGCUUUUUCUCUCUUUUAAUUUGAUUUGUCUUAAUCUUUUUUUUUUCCAGUCGGUUGUUGUAUGUUCUCUUUUUUGAGUUGACUGUUUUUGGGUACUUGACACUUUACAUUUGUAUACAUGUGUAUAUAUAUAUACAUAUAUAUAUAUAUAUUAGAUGGUGAUAAUAUUUGGUCCCUUUUUAUGCUGAGAUAUAUUGCAAAUCGAAUGGGGAUCAUUUCCUUUAGCUUAACCUCUGAUUCCUCACAGAGUGAAGCGCGCAUAUGGGAGAGAGAGUACACUGCUUGAAUGUUUGACAAUAUUCUAUUUCGAAAAUACCCAUUGUGUGUCCUAAAAAACGUUAGCACUUGAUUGAACCAUUGAGGUCCCGCCCAAAGGCUGAAGGAAGUGAUAUACUUCCCUUUGAGAAGUUCUCAGAGGUUUUGUCUGUAUGAGCGAAUGAGAGUUUUGCUGUUUGUCAAACAGCUGGUUAAAGACAGGGAAAACUUUCUUUUUUUUCAACUCAGUGCGAGUGAGGAGAUGGCUAGAUUGAGCACCUUUGUUUUUUCUUUUAAAAGUAAAUGCAUUUGCACAGCUUAACUAAAGAUAUCCCACCUGAAAGAGAUGUACUUACGUGUAACAAGGCAGUCAAGGAGGUUUAAAGUGCUUAUUCCGAUAUUUAGCCCCAGGAACCAUGAACCAUGAGACAACCUGUGUGAUGAAAAGAGCAAUAAAUACCUGUCCAAGUUAGAAGGCCAAAAAGAGAGAGAGACCGAAUGAGAGAGAGAGAGAGAGAGAGAGAGAGAG